CACAAAGAUCACGAACUUCAUUCCAGUCCCCGGACUCGUCUCUCCUUCUCACCUCAACACCGUAAUCCGCGUCUUCGAAGUCAUAGAACACAAUGACUUCCGUCGGAUCCAUCGCGACGACCCUCAGUCCCACGAGGGAAACCCUCUCGUCAUCACAAUUGCUGUCCUCCUCAAUCUCAUCGCUGAGCUCCGCAUCCUCGCGCCAGACCUCGUCGCAGAUUACCAAGAUAUAUAGACAAGCAUCUACACUCUUCCUGACACGUCGAUUACCUGAAUCUCUCUCGACAAUCCUUCCUGUAAUCACGCCGCCGCCUGUAGACGAUACCAAUGCAGAUCCCGAGCCAUCACCCAUCUCUAAGGCUGGGAAAACUACGAGGGUAAAGGUCUGGAGUUUAUACCUUACGAUACUGAACGCGGUAUUAGAACUAGACCCAGACGAGGGCAAGCAGACAUUUGGAAGCUCGGAGUGGAGGUCUUUGGUUUCCAAAGUGCGGGACGGGGAGGUUUGGGAAGAGGUGGUGAAGAACGGAUAUGGAGGGGUGGAGGGAGAUGUGGACUCUGAUGUUGUCAUAAACCUGGCGACACUUCUCUUAACACAUGCUCGAACCCAGAAAGUGAACCAGCAAAGACUCGAGAACUACCUUGCAUCUUCCACCACACCGAAUCUCGAUAUUUCCUCUCGUCUCCAAUCACCAAAUCCACCCCGGAAUAGGAAUCUCAGUCCAGCAAAAGGCAGUGGGACGGAUACACCCCGAGAUCUCAAUGCACGCGUCAAGAUUUUGGAGCUAUACACACUUCACGUUCUGCUGCGGAACAAUGAAUGGGACUAUGCUCGAGAAUUUAUUUCUAUAUCAUCUGUCUUGGACGAAGAACGAAGAGAAGCCUUCCUGCAAGCACUCGAGAGCUUGCAGGAAGAGCAGAAGGAAUCCGAAAGAAUAGAGAAAGAGCAACAACGAUACCAAGAAGAGCAGCUGAAGCGAGAUAUGGAAGAAGCCCGGCGGCGAAGGAUAGAGAACGAAGAGCGAGAACGAAAACGAGAAGAAGAGGAGAGACUAAAAAGAGACAAAGCUCGAGGAGGUAGCGAGGUGGAUUAUGGGGUCGAAGACACACCCGCUCGACCUGGGAGCAGCAGAUCAAAAUCCUCAGUGAAAGCCGGAUCAACGAAAGGGUCGUCGCACAAGAAAUCGACUUCCAAUUCCUCACUAACGGCAAGAAGUGCUCCUCCAGCGAAGAAAGUUCCCCCAACAUUAACCACGAGAGCCGGGAACAUAAUUUCGAAUGUGAUGAAAUUGGUUGAAGAGAUGACUAAGAAUUUCAAGACGAAACCUAUGUUCUUGCUACAAUUUCUGGCGUUUAUCAUUGGGUUAUUGGCUAUACUUAGUAGGAGAGAUGUGAAAGAGAGGAUCAAAAGAAUAAUGGGAGGCGCCUGGGCAAAGGUCAGGCAGACAGCUGGAAUGGGUGUUAAAGUUAGCUAUAUCUAAUGAUCAAGAGGCAAUCGGCGCUGGCGUGUAUACUAUAAUCUUGUAAAUCAAGACAUGGAGUUGGGAUAGUUGGUUCGAAAAGCUAGGAUCUUUUCCGAGAAUGAGAAAUGGAAC